CAAAAUAUUCAUUUGUGUAAACAAGUAGAAUUAGAAAUAUUUUAAAAUGGAACAUAAAAUUAUAUUGAAAUGCCGCACUUGCUUAGAGGAAAACGAAGAGGAUAGCAUGUUUGAAUUAUUUAUGGAAAACGAUAUAAACGUUAACGGGCGGCAAAAAAAAUUGAAGCUUAGUAAAAAAUUUGAGUAUUGUUGUGGUGUGCGAAUUAGGGAAUCAACCGAUAUGCCAUCGAAGGUUUGUUGGAAAUGUUUUGAAAUGACGAGAAUAUGGUAUAACUUUCGACAAAUGUGCAUGAAUUCACAACUUUACCUGGAGAGUUUAUGUGAAGAUCGAAUGCGCCCAGAAGGCGCCGAUGAUGCAGAAUUUUUAGAAUAUCUAAUGGAAGAAUUGCAGGUACACCGUGAUAGAGUACAUGGAUCUUCUGAAAGUUUAGAAUCCGAUACAGAUGAUGACGAUGAUAAUAAUGAUUUUGGUUUAUUAGUGGAUGAAGACUAUGAUGCAGAUUUUAUAGAAUCAGAAAAUAAUUUAGAACGCAGCGUUAAAUUAGAGACAGAACAAAUGGAAGAGAAAAUUUUCACUCAGAAAGCUGAAUGUAUAGUAACCAACAAUACGGAUGUUGAGCCAACCCAUGAAAAUAACAAAAAAGGCACAAAAUCGCAAAAAAUUCAAAACACUAUUAAAUUUUCUAAAAAACGGGAUGUAAGUAGAAGACGUAUCUGUCGUCCACCUAGUCCAACAUCGUAUAUGUGUUACAUYUGUGGCAACGUAUACAACAAAAAAGCUACCUUUGCGUAUCACAUGUCACUGCACAACAACGUCAAACCACAUGAAUGCGAGCUCUGUGGUAAAUCGUUCCGCCAAAUAUGUGAGUUGAAGAAUCAUAUGCGACGUCACACUGGUGAAAAACCUUACAAAUGUUCAUACUGUGAUCGACACUUCAUUGAUCGUAGUGAGAAACAUCGACAUGAACGAGUACAUACAAAUACGAGACCUUAUAUAUGUAAUGUUUGUGGCAAAAGUUUUACAUACUCAGCCAUACUGAAGAACCACUCAAAAUUGCACACUGGCAAAAAAGAUUUCAAUUGCAUGGUUUGUCAGAAAGCAUUCACUCUUCAGCAUCAGCUAAAAGCACAUUUACAAACUAUGACCCAUAGGCUGAAGGAAGCGCAUUACGUAUCUGAGGGAUAUGAGGUUGUUUACGAAUAUAAAAGAAAAASAAAAACAAAAAAUAUUCAAAUAAUGCAUGUUUACGAUUUAUGUCGCAUUUGUUUAACGGAGGAUAUUAACACCAGCAAAAUGCAACCUCUGUUUGAAACCGAAGAUGAUACAUGCAGCGAAAUUGUACAGCAAAUAGAAGUUUGUGGUGGAAUAGUCUUGAAGCCACACGAAGAGUUUCCAAAAAUGAUUUGCGUGCAGUGCCUAGAAAAGUUGAAUGUGUCAUUUAAGUUCCGUUCCAUGUGUCAAGCAAGCGAACACGCACUUUUGGAUGCUAUAGUAAAGUCGGAAAUGAAGACAGAACCAUUAGACUAUGAGGGCGCUCAAAUCAUAUCUAAACAUGAAGAAGAUAAUGAAGACGAAAUCUACUUUGAUAUGCAUACAGAAUUCAUUGAUGCACAAGAGGUGCAUCUAGAGGAUAUUACUGAAACCGUUGAAGAGGAGGUGCUUGAAUCUGAUAUGGAGCCCAAUACUGAAAGUGCUGAGGAAUUUAUUGAAUACACGGAUAGUGAAUAUUUUGAUGAAGAAUUGCCUAAAUCCAUAAUUAAGAAGGCUAUUACGCCAACAUAUAUACAAAGACAGCCAGUAACUAGCGACAAUUUGGUUCGUAAACGAGGACGGCCAAAAACAAAACCCGAGGGGAUCUCAUUAAAAUCGGAAUUAAAUAGUGGUAAAAAAUCGAACCGAGGCAGAAAAAAGAAGGAAGAACCUGAAGUUGCAAGUAUAAUGUGUGAGAUAUGCGGGAACAUAUAUUCGAAACGUAAUUUGUUAAAAAUGCAUAUGAGACGUCAUAUGGCCGAAAAGCCUUUCGAAUGCGAAAUUUGUGGGAAAACUUUUGCAUGCCCUUCCGAAAUUGGACGUCAUAUGCGUGUGCACACUGGAGAAAAACCUUACAUUUGUAAAUAUUGUGGACGAACCUUUGCUGAUCGGAGUACAAAUAUAAAACAUGAAAGAAUACAUACAAAUGAACGUCCGUUCACUUGUCAAACAUGCGGUAAAUCGUUCACUUAUUCUAAUGUUCUGAAAAAUCAUAUGUUAACUCACACCGGCGAAAAACCAUUCCCGUGUAUACCAUGUAAUAAGACAUUCUCACGUAAACAUCAACURGAUCAACAUAUUGCAACUAUAACACAUCAGCAAACAGUCAGAAAUCUUGCUACAACGGACGUGAAAGUGCAACAUAUGCUACAAGAAGAUGAGCCUAAUCAGCAUGUUUCUAACAUAAACCACCAUCAAACCCUUCACACAAUUAGCUCCACGAAUAUCAAAGUGGAGGAUUUGCUGCAACAAAUCAAUCCUAAUCAACAUAUUACCACUAUUACACAACGCGAAGCGGACAGAAAUCUUUCUGUUUCACAUAUGAUAGAGGAAGAAAUUGAUCAAACCUGUGAAAGGCAUAUUGAAGAGGUAGAUGAGGAUGCUGAACAACAAGAUAGCGAUGUAUACAUAAAUACUGAAUAAUUUGAUUUUGCUUCGAUAUGCAUACAUUUGUAUAUUUCUUUACACUUAAAUAUCAAUAUAUACAUAAUUAAAAGGUACAUUUAAGUAACUAUAUAUCUAACAUGUAAAUUACAUAAAUAGCGGUUAUGAUCUACUUUCAUACGAAAUCAUUUUGUAGUUAAUGAAAUGCGCCCUCCAACCGCACUUCGUUGAAUAAACAAUUGGAUUAAAAAAUAAUAA